AGUAGAGUAGAAAUCUUUUCAGACAUUUUCACUACUUUGCUAUUAUCUCUCUUUACAUACUCAUCUAAACAAACAAACACAAACACUGAUCUCAUUCUUUGUAAUCUCAGUACAUACAAAUCUCAAAUCUCUUUUAAACAAACUCUUCAGAUUUGACAAAAGUGUGAUUGAUUUAUCUACAGGGAAUGAUUUGCUUGUUAAGUGUAAAUGGAUUCUAAUAAGAAACUUGCAUUGCCAGACCAGGUUUUAUCACCAAAACGAAAGGUGCUUUCUGGGUUUGUUUUAUGGGUCGGUGCUUCUCUUAUUAUACUAUCCGUGCUUUUGCUUAGUAAUUCUUUAAAGGGUCGUGUAGUCAUAACACCCUUAUUUCAAGGGUUCAAUAGUGUUAAUAGUGUUAAUUCUUCUUCUUUAGUUUCUUGGCCUUUUUCAUUUCCAAGUUCUUAUUUACCAUCUUCUGUUGCUAAUAAUGAUACAUUAGAAGUGAUAUUAGAGAAAACCCAUUUGGGGAAUUCAACUGAUGAUAUUGAAAAUGGAAGCAUUUCUGUUGAUAAAGCAACAGUUCAAGAGAAAACCGAGAACUCAAAAGGUGGAAACUUUUUAGAUUCUAGUGGUGGGCAUGGAAACGGAAGUGUUAUUGAGAAUACCAAUUUGGGUAAUUUUUCUGAUAUGUUAAAAAAUGGAAGCUUGCAUGGCGAAGAUGAAAUUUUUAUUGGGAAUUUUAGUGUCAGUAUCGAUGGAUAUUUGGAUGCAAACAGAAGCAUUGAGGGGAAAUCUCUAGAGAAUUUUAAUGACGUGAAUAAUACAGUGCUAGAUGAUAAGGACAAGGACAAUUUGAUAUAUAAUGAAGAGCUUGGUAGAUUUCGGGGUGGAGAAGAAGAAAACCGAAAUGCAAGUUCUGAGACAUGUGAUAUAUUUGAUGGCCAGUGGGUGAGAGAUGAUUCAAAACCGUAUUAUCCUGCAGGUUCAUGUCCUCAUAUUGAUAGGGAUUUUGAGUGCCACCUCAAUGGAAGGCCUGAUGAUGGAUUUGUUAAAUGGAAAUGGCAGCCAAAUAGAUGCAGCAUCCCAAGUUUGAAUGCAACUGAUUUUUUGGAGAGGUUAAGAGGACAAACUCUGGUUUUUGUUGGGGAUUCAUUGAAUCGGAACAUGUGGGAGUCUCUCGUAUGCAUCCUUCGCCACAGUAUUAGAGAUAAAAAAAGAGUCUAUGAGAUCUCCGGAAGGACGGAAUUUAAAAAGAAGGGUUUCUAUGCAUUUAGAUUUGAGGAUUAUAACUGUAGUGUUGAUUUUGUUGGCUCUCCAUUUCUUGUUAGAGAAUCAUCCUUCAGUAGUAAAAAUGGAAAACUUGAGACCUUAAGGUUGGAUUUGAUGGACCUAACAACUAAGAUGUACCAAGAUGCUGAUAUCAUAGUUUUUAAUACAGGUCACUGGUGGACUCAUGAGAAAACUUCCAGAGGAGAAGACUAUUAUCAAGAAGGCGACUAUGUACACCCAAGACUAAAGGUCAUGGAAGCAUACAAGAGAGCACUUCUUACUUGGGCCAGAUGGGUUGACAAGAACAUAGAUGGGAAUCGAACACAGAUUUUCUUUAGAGGAUAUUCAGUUACCCAUUUCAGAGGAGGCCAAUGGAACUCGGGAGGGCAGUGUCAUAAAGAAACAGAGCCAAUAUCCAACGCAACACACAUAAGGAAGUACCCUUCUAAAAUGAGAGUUUUCGAGCAUGUACUUAAGGAAAUGAAAAGUCCAGUUAUAUAUCUAAACAUAAGUAGGCUGACAGAUUACAGAAAAGAUGGCCACCCUUCUAUUUUCAGAAUGCAAUACAAGACAGCAGAAGAACGAAAUGCUGCUGAGCGAUCUCAAGAUUGCAGUCAUUGGUGCUUACCUGGAGUGCCAGAUACUUGGAAUGAAUUAUUAUAUGCUUCCCUCUUGAAGGCUGGGAGGGGAUCUUGGAAAAUAUAAAGUGUAGAAACCGUGUGUAUCAUAGAUGAUAUUAUUCUUUAGGUUCUCUCUCUCUGUGUCUUUUUCCACCUAGCUUCUGCACUAUUCAAAUUGUUCUAGAUUAAUGUUAUGUUGAUAGCAUGAGACGGAUGAGAAAUGUAAACACGGAGUUCUAGCUUUUUCCAUUCAGGCAUAUACAAUUGUGUUGGCAAAGCUAGCACAUGCAAGUGAUAAAACAGGCAAUAUAGAUUCAUGUGACCUCAUGUACUGUUUACCUAUCAAGCAAUGAACAUAUUGUUUAUUUA